GACCGCCACCGUCGCCAGGGGCACAAGUGACAACAUUGGUCUCUCUGCCCAAGAUCUCCUAGUCUCUCGGAUUUCGUUGCAAUUUCUACGGCAGUAAUAAUCAAUUUGUUGAAGUGAAGUCAUUAUUAAAAUGCCGAAAAGGAAGAAUCAAGCGCUUAUCCACUCGGAUAGUGGUGAGAGUGAAUCGGACAGCGGGAGCGAUUUGGAAAAUGACUUUUUAUCCCUCGCGAAGAAGAGGAAGUCCAAGGGUCAGGAUGACGUCCAGACGAACGAAGGUAGCAACAGUAAGGAUUCGAAAACGGUGGACUCGGCCACCACCGAGUCAGAUGAUGAUUGGUCUGUUAAACCAGGGAAAUCAAAGAAGAAGAAGCAGCCGAGCAAGCGAACGAAGAGGAAAGUGACGAAAUCCAGUUCUGAAGAGAGUGGUAGUGAAGAUGAACCCUCUAAGGUGUCCGAACCUGAAGAAGGGGAAGUUUCAGACUCUGAUCAGAGUGGUUCAGAUUCAAGCCAGGAAGAAUUCAACGAUGGCUACGACGAUGAUCUGAUGGGGGACGCUGAGGAUCGAGCGAGACUGGCAGAAAUGACUGAAAAGGAACGAGAGCAGGAGAUUUACAAAAGAGUUGAGCAGCGUGAAGCCAUGAAAAAGAGAUUUGAGAUUGAGAAGAAGCUGCGAAUGGUGAGGAAGCAAGAGCAGCGCAAGCAGAAGGAGUCGAAGAAGAAGGAGAAGAGUCAGGAUGAGAAGAAGUACGAGAGAGCACCAGAUCCCAAGGAGCGGUCCAAGGACCGCAAAAAGACGAUUGAAGAGAAGCAGGAUAAAAAGUCCAACGCAAUGGCACUGUUGAAGGCUCGCAGAGAGGAGAGGAAGGAGCGAGAGGAGAAAGAGAAGGCGAGAAUCGAGCAACAGCAGGCUCAGUCCAAGGACGACGAGGAAGAGCUGGAUGACGAUCACAAGGGAGGCAGCAAGACCAAACUGAAGGCCUCUGAUAUCUACUCGGAUGAUAGUGGAUCAUCUGACAGUGAACCUGAAGAGGAGGCCCCCAAGACAACUUCAGCACGUCGAUCAUCAUCCAGCGACAGUCGUGACUCUGAUUCAGAUAAUGAUAAAAAGUCUGUUGCAUCUGCCAAGACAAAACCUAAGAAGCCACUAUACGUGAACACCAGAGAUGAAUUGAAUAAAGUUCGCCUGUCACGACAUAAAAUGGAGAGGUUCGUGCACCUCCCCUUUUUCGAUAGAGUCGUUCAGGGCUGUUUUGUGAGAAUUGGCAUUGGCAAUAAUAAUGGCAAGCCUGUCUACAGAGUCGCCGAGAUCAGCGGUGUUUGCGAGACCGGAAAGAUCUAUCAGCUUGGAAAUACCCGGACUAAUAAGGGUUUAAAGCUCAGACAUGGGGCGCAAGAAAGAGUCUUUAGGCUUGAGUUCGUUUCAAAUCAGGAAUUCACGGAUUCUGAAUUCUUCAAGUGGAAGGAGGCCUGUGCACUCCAGGGAAUAUCCAUGCCAACAUCUGAUGAGAUUGAGCACAAGCUGAAGGACAUCAAAGAGGCUCUUGUGUACGAGUUCAAGGAGGAGGACAUCGAGAAGAUUGUCCAGGAGAAGGGGAGAUUUAAGGCGACUCCCUGGAAUUACGCAAUGAAGAAAGCCCAGCUCAUGAGGGAGAGGGAUGCUGCCAACUGCAGAGGGGAUGACAGUACAGCUACGAGACUCAAUUUGGAACUGUCUGAACUCGAGGAGAGGGCAUCGGAAUUGGACAAAAUGCGCACUGCCACAAUCUCCAGUAUAUCUUACAUCAACGACAGGAAUAGGAAGAAGAAUGUCGAGGAGGCGGAAAAGGCCAUCAUGGAGGAGUUUAAGGCCAACAAGGGCAAGAAGAUUGAUGAUCCAUUCACCAGGCGAAGCACUAAACCCAGAAUGGUGUAUAAACCUGAGGAGGAGGAGACUGCACCUGUAAUAGUUAAUGAUAAAGCUAGUGCACCCAUUCUGGGGGAUAUCGUUGGAAUUGAUAAGGAGAAUGGUCAGGAGGUGCCCAAGAAACAAAGCACUGAGGAUCUCUUCAAUGCUCACAAUUUUGAUAUUACGAUAGAUUUGGAAGUACCUAUUCCAAGUAAUCCUGUGAGUGUUCUACCAAAGCCCGUGAGCAAUAUAAAAGACACUGGUCCCCGUAGAUCGCUGAACCUAGAGGACUACAAGAAAAAACGUGGCCUCAUCUAACACUCCCUCCCCAAAAAACGAGCACAAGCGUAUGACGAAAAAAAAUGUAAUCCCCGUACAUUUAAUAGCAGUUGUCAGUAUGAUGAAACUGUAUUGUCGCAAAACGCCUGGACGACAGGUGUAUCAAGAGGAAUUAAUAUUCCAGUGCAUCUUCGUGAGAAGAUGAAAGAAGGCAACACUGGCCACAAGCUCCUUCAGUCGCAAGAGGGAACUAGUGAAAUCAUCUGGAUUUCGCCCUCACGUGUAUCAUUAUCGUCGUGUUUAUCUCAUUUAUUUUUAAAUUACUCAAUCAGUGAGUGGGCUGCACUCUCCUGGAAAUUUAGCUUGUCUCUUCGCCAAAAGUGCAUCGUGUACAUGUUAUGAAUUGUGUUUAUGAUGCACUGACAUUGAUGAGUGCGAGCCAAGAGACAUCCUCACGUUGAGGCCCAUCUUUUACUCUAGAUUUGUUCUUAAAAAUUUCUCGCUCAAUAGUUUGAAUAUUCUACGACCUGGCUGACCUCCAGCGUUUAUAAACAAAAUACAAUAUCGAAUAAAUAGAAUAUGACUGAAUGAAUGAAUAGUCUGAGAGUUGAUAUUGGAAUUUCUACGCGUAAUGUAGAAAUAAUACGUGCGCCUGGCAUUCUACUGCUGUCUUUUAUUACCUAGGUAUACUUCGUAAACAGCGAGAUAAACAUUCUUGUAUAUUGUAAUACAAAAAAUUUUGAGUUUACCGUGUGAGUUAGUUUUAUUUAACUUUUUUUAGUUUGAGCUACUUAAAUUGUGGAGCAUUGGUGAGAUUUUGAAGGACAGUAUUAAGUGCAGUGGCACCAGACAAGUCCAUUAAUUGUUAAGCUAGAAGAGCUGUGUAAGUAUAAUUUUUAAUAAUAAUGGUGAACGACGAAAGUUGAAGGCGAGACGCUUGUAAAUAGAGGGAGCAUGUAAAUAAUCUGAACGUAUAAGAGAAUGGAGCUGAGUUCAUGGAAUUUAGGUUUAAAAAAAAUACUGAAAAUUAUGUAUCGAUGAUAACGCAUCUGUAUUAUGGCAUUAAAUUUGACUCAUGGAACAUCAAA